GAGCAGACGCGGCCCCGCGGCGGUUGCGCAGGGCCGGCCCGGGGACGCCGGCGCUGCGCGGUUGGAUGUGGGAGUAGCGCGGCGCCGGCUCAGGAAUGCAGCAGCCGGGCGGCGGGGACGGGAGCUUCUUGCUGCUCCCGCUGCUCCUGCUGCUGCGUGCGGGCAGCCGGGCGGAGCUGGCGGACACCACGCAAGGAGCAAAUGCAUCAGUUGUUGCUGAUUUUAUGCCCACAUCCUCAUGGAACAUCUCCAGUGAAUUAGAUAAAGACUACUUCUUGACCCUUGAUGAACCGAUGAACAACAUCACCACCACGCUGGGGCAGACUGCAGAGCUGCACUGUAAGGUCUCUGGCAACCCUCCUCCAACGGUGCGUUGGCUGAAGAACGAUGCUCCGGUUGUCCAAGAGCCCCGGAGGAUCUCCUUCCGUGCCACAAGCUAUGGAUCUCGCCUGCGGAUAAGGAACCUUGACACUACAGAUACCGGCUACUUCCAGUGUGUUGCAACCAAUGGCAGAAAGACUGUUUCCACGACUGGUGUGCUUUUUGUAAAAUUUGGUCCCCCGCCAACAGCAAGUCCAGGAUCAUCUGACGAGUAUGAAGAGGACGGGUUCUGCCAGCCCUACAGGGGGAUCGCCUGUGCGCGCUUCAUUGGAAACCGAACCAUUUACAUGGAGUCUUUGCAUAUGCAAGGGGAGAUAGAAAAUCAGAUUACAGCUGCCUUCACCAUGAUUGGCACCUCCAGCCAUUUGUCAGAUAAGUGCUCCCAGUUUGCCAUACCCUCGCUGUGCCAUUACGCCUUUCCCUACUGUGAUGAGACUUCCUCAGCUCCCAAGCCCCGAGACCUGUGCCGGGAUGAAUGUGAAAUCCUGGAGAAUGUCCUCUGUCAGACUGAGUAUAUUUUUGCAAGAUCUAAUCCCAUGAUUCUGAUGAGGUUAAAGCUGCCCAACUGCGAAGAUCUUCCACAGCCAGAUAGUCCCGAAGCUGUCAAUUGCAUCCGGAUUGGGAUUCCAAUGGCAGAUCCCAUCAAUAAAAAUUAUAAGGAUUCCAAGGAAAAGAAUAAAAUGGAAAUCCUGUAUAUCCUGGUGCCAAGUGUUACUAUUCCCCUGGCCAUAGCCCUGCUCUUCUUCUUCAUCUGUAUCUGUCGCAACAAUCAGAAGUCAUCCUCCCCUCCUGUUCAAAGGCAGCCUAAGCAUGUGAGAGGACAGAACGUGGAGAUGUCAAUGCUCAACGCCUAUAAACCAAAGAGUAAGGCUAAAGAGUUGCCUCUGUCUGCUGUCCGUUUCAUGGAAGAACUGGGUGAAUGUGCUUUCGGCAAGAUCUACAAGGGACAUCUCUACCUUCCAGGCAUGGAUCAUGCCCAGCUUGUUGCUAUCAAGACACUGAAAGACUUUAACAACCCGCAGCAAUGGGCAGAGUUCCAGCAAGAAGCAUCUCUGAUGGCUGAGCUCCAUCACCCUAACAUUGUUUGCCUCUUAGGUGUUGUGACCCAGGAGCAGCCUGUCUGCAUGCUUUUUGAGUACAUGAACCAAGGAGACCUCCAUGAGUUUCUCAUCAUGCGAUCGCCACAUUCAGAUGUUGGAUGCAGCAGCGAUGAGGAUGGGACUGUAAAAUCCAGCCUGGACCACGGGGAUUUCCUGCACAUUGCAGUCCAGAUUGCAGCAGGGAUGGAAUACUUAUCAAGCCACUUUUUUGUGCAUAAAGAUCUCGCUGCUCGUAACAUUUUAAUUGGAGAACAACUUCAUGUGAAGAUUUCAGACCUUGGACUCUCAAGAGAAAUCUACUCCGCAGAUUAUUACAGAGUUCAAAACAAGUCUCUCUUGCCAAUUCGCUGGAUGCCACCAGAGGCAAUUAUGUAUGGCAAGUUCUCUUCUGAUUCUGAUAUUUGGUCAUUUGGAGUUGUUUUAUGGGAAAUAUUCAGCUUUGGACUUCAACCCUAUUAUGGCUUUAGUAAUCAAGAAGUCAUCGAGAUGAUCAGGAAAAGACAACUGCUGCCGUGCUCUGAAGACUGUCCCCCCAGGAUGUAUAGCCUGAUGACAGAGUGCUGGCAUGAUCUGCCAUCCCGCAGGCCACGGUUUAAGGAAAUCCAUGCCAGGCUGCGCUCCUGGGAGGGUCUCUCAAGUCACACGAGUUCUACUACACCCUCCGGUGGGAAUGCCACCACUCAAACGACUUCCCUCAGCGCAAGUCCAGUUAGCAAUCUCAGUAACCCUAGGUACCCCAACUACAUGUUCCCAGCACAAGGAAUACCACAAGGCCAAAUCGCCGGGUUCAUCGGACCACCAAUACCUCAAAACCAGCGAUAUAUCCCGAUCAAUGGGUACCCGAUUCCACCAGGAUAUGCUGCUUUCCCAGCUGCCCACUAUCAGCCACAAGGUCCACCCCGGGUAAUCCAGCACUGUCCUCCUCCAAAGAGUCGCUCUCCGAGCAGUGCCAGCGGAUCGACCAGCACAGGUCACGUCACUAGUUUGCCAUCUUCGGGAUCCAACCAGGAAGCAAAUAUUCCUUUGCUAUCUCAUAUGUCAAUUCCGAGUCAUCCAGGGGGAAUUGGUAUCACAGUUUUUGGAAAUAAGACUCAAAAACCAUACAAAAUUGACUCAAAGCAGUCUUCCCUAUUAGGAGACUCCAGCAUCCAUGGACCUAAUGAAUCGAUGAUUUCAGCUGAGUUGUAAAUAAGCGAGGCCUUUGUAAAUAGAACUAUUUACAGGACAAACUAGAAAGCCGUAGAAAAGAUUUAUAUUCAAAUAUUUUAUUAAAGAUUCCUCUGGUUGUGUAACAGACAUUGCAGCAAGUAUCUUCUGUGAAGUUUAACUGCUUAACAGGAUGGGCAGACUCAACCAGACUGAGAUCAUUGUGGUAUGAAUACGCAGCUUUGCUCAACGGACAUGUGUUUCUUUUAAGUGCCACCAACAAUUCAGAAAGGGGAAGGGGAAUUUUGUGUUGUUUUAAAUGGAAGCAUUUUCUCCUUUGCUUUUUCACAGCUUUUGAAACCCCUGCUGUGGUUUAAAUCACAGAAACUUUUGUAGACUGAAAGCAUAUUUUAAUAUUUGUCUCUUUUUUAGGAGAUGCAAAUCUUGGGAUUGCUGCUGGGGGUGCAAUUUCAGGUCCAAUAGCUAGGGAAAAUGUCUGUAGAUUUGGCAGUCAAGGAUGAUGUUUCAAAGAUAUGAUCUGAGAGGGGAGUGAAUGACUUCAGGUAGGAUUUGGGUCUCUCGGUAAGUUGGGAGUCUGAGUUCAGAUUCAGACCAAAAAGAGUCAUUUAUAUGACAGCACAACAACUUGUAUUAUUGACUUGCAGCCUGCAAAGAUCAUCUGCUCUUGGCUGCUCAAGAUGGCUGGAGUUCUAAGAAAUGGCCUUAAAGGAGAUGAAAUUAAAGUGUUUUAAUUUCAGAUCCUGAAUCAGCUUCUUCAAAGAUAACAUUUCAUAAUCUAAGUAGUUAAACCAGAAAUUUUAUAUCCUUUUGUUGCUAUGCAACUGUUUAAUGGAAAAGCUCCAAACCACCGUUUUAUGUAUGACAAUCAGUUUUCCCAGGAAUAUUUAUUGUUUCAGAUCAAUGCGUAAUUUCAGUGACUAUGACUCCAGUAACCCUGAAAAGAAGGGAAACUCACAUUCCAUCAGGCAGCAAAUCCAUGGAUAGCAGUUUCAUCUAAUAAUGUGAAUUAGUGUUAACUUCCAACUCGGAAAUACGACAUUUGUAUAAUUACUAACAAUUCAUUCAGGUAUAUGCAACCAGUUCUUCAUUUGAAACCACUUUAAUGAGUUACAGAAGUGCUGUGGACGUGACAGUUUUUCACAGACUCUUUUUUAUACAGAAUAAGUAUUUUUGUUGUACACGGAAUGAAAACCAAUCUUUUUGCUCAGUUGACAAUGUUGUAUGAUAUGACUUUAUUUUUAUCUCUUUUGCACAAAAGUGUGAUGAUGUUUUGUACAGCAGAAGUGAAAAUACAUCUCUGCAUUUUCUCUCUUGGUCUGCUUCUUUUUACCCUGAUGUAGAUGUUCUUGAAAUAUAUUACAGUGAUAUUCAGCCACUACCUUAUACAAGUAUUUUUCUUUGUUUUCACUGCAUGCGUUUAAUCACUGUAUUACUUGAUGAUUGAGUUAUUAAUUAUGGGCAUUUCAAUUAGGCAAGCAUGAAAAUGUAAUAACAAAGGCUAUUUUAUAAUUAAGAUAUGUGCAUUUUUGUAUUUCACAUGCCAGAGAUGAUAUUAAACACUGAUUAUUUUAUG